CCACAUAUUUGCACUCACUGUAAUUACUUGCUCCACGUCUGCGCUGCGACGCACGCCAUUGCCACACACCCAGGGCGCUUGCAGAGGAGUGCUGCACAUGCUCGGCGCGGGGUCGAACUGGGCGGAUGAAGUCGAGGAAGAGGAGUCUCUUCGAGGGCCAGUCUUUCCACGCGUUGUGCCGAGCGGGCAUGCCGACAGUGGCACCGAGCCGCGCGGGAGCGAGGGCGGGGUGACCCACAGCAGCGCAGCAACCACGCCGCUCACUUCCGGCCCGGCAAAGUCUCAGGCCGAGGUCAGGGACGGCAGCGCGCCGGAGACCGCUGCCUCAACCCCCGCCGCUCCUCUUGCGGCAGAGGCGGGCUCCGGCUCCAGCUCGGGCUCUCAUCCGGCCACGGAUGCCGCCACCACCUCCACCGUCGCCGCCGCGCCGAAAGCUAACGGAGUAGGUCACAAAGAGCCCACCGUGAUCCUCGAGCUUUCUCCAGCGACCGAUGCCGCAGCCACAGCUCGCUCGGACGCCGCGGCUGCGGCGGACGCAUCAGCUGGGGGCGCAGGCGCCGUCGCCCCCGCGUCCAAUGUUUCCGCCCUGUCGGCGGCGCUUCGCGCGGUGGCGGAGGAGGCGGCACGCGCGCAUUGCGAGCAGAUCGUUGAGGCGGCUGGCGUUUGGCUGACAGGCGUGGCGGAGCGGCUCGCGGCGGCGGUGACGGCGGCGGCGGCGGAGCACAUCAAGAAGAUGUCUCCCGCCGCCGCGGCCGAGCUGCCCAUCGACUGGGCCUCGGAGCUGGCGGUGUCGCUGCGGCACGGGCUGGGCGCGGGGCCGGUGCACGAGGCCCAGAGGCAGCUGCAGCGGGCGCUGCAGGGCCUGCCCACGCCCGCACCCGGCGCGGCUGCAGCGGCGGGCGGCGCCGGCGGCAAGCGGGGGCAGCGUGGCGGCGGCGGGGGCGGCGGCGGCGGCCGCGGGGACUCGCGUGGGGACUCUCGUGGGGACCGCGGUGGGCAGCAGGACCGCGGGGGCCAGCAGGACCGCGGAGACCGGGACCGGGAGCGGGAGCCGCGUGGUGACGUGGACGGCGGCGGCAACCGCAACAACCGCCGCGACGGCCCCGGGCACGUGCCCAUCAACGAGCGGUUGUCUGGCGCGCCCACUGGUGGCCGUGGCGGGGGUGGCGGAGGCCGCGGCGACCGCGGGGAUCGCGGCGACCGCAACAACAACGACCGCGGAGACCGGGACGGUGGCGGAGGCCGUGGGGACCGCGGGGACCGGGAGGGCGGCGGAGGCCGCGGAGACCGUGGUGACCGUGGUGACAGGGAGGGUGGCGGUGGCCGCGGUGGUGGCGGCGGGCGCGGCGGCGGCGGAGGCGGAGGCCGGGGCGAGCGCGGUGAGCGGGGCGAGCGCGAGGCCCCUCUGGCGCCGCUGCGCUACGGCGACCGGGGCUUCAUGCACGACGACCGCGACGUGGUGGACGAGGCGGCGGCGGCGGCCGUGGCGGCGGCGGUGGCGGGCAGCGGCAGCGGCGGGCAGCAGCACCAGCAGCAGGAUGAGGGGAGCUGGCGGCAGCGGCGGGUGCAACAGGACUCGCACCCCACGCACGACGCCGCUGCUGCGGCGGCGGCGGCCGCUCUGGGCCCGCCCCGCAAAGUGAAGGCCGGGCACCAAGCCUACACGCCGCCCGCGCGCCGCGCCGGCGACCGGAACGACGGCGAGGGCGAGGAGGCCGCGUAGGCGGUGGGCAGCUGCUUCGACUGGGGGUUCAGUUUACGCCGCUGGAGGGAGGGCGCGGCGUGUACGGCAUCCUGGAGUGUCUGGGGCGCAGGGGCGCAGCAGGCGUACGUGUGCCGUGCUGGGAGCUUAACACUGACCCACAGGACUGCGUGGCGGGGACUUGCGGGAGGAGGAUGAAAGUGAAGAUGGGGCUGAGGGUGUAGAUGGGGUCACAUACACAAGACAGGCACUGCCUCGCUACCACACAGUGAGAUGGUGCGCUGCCGUACAAUGGUUCCGGGUCACGCCGGUGCAUGGAGCUGUGGGCGACGUGCGAGCUGGCGACAAGGGUGUCUUCCUAAUGUGUCCUUGGCAUGUGGCCGCGCACUAAAGGCGGCAGCAUGUGGGUGGUGCCGGCAGCUGGCCGGCGGUUCAAUGCGUGUCUGUGCAUGGGCGUCGGCGGCAGAGGCAGUGCUGCUCCCUACCCCAAACGCACACACAUGGAACGGACACCCUGCUUGGGAUGAUUCCUGAUUCCUGGGAGAGGAAACUCGAAUGCGAUAGAAGCUCGGACCCAACACUUGACAAAGCUGUGCGCUCGGGUUUUAGGCUACUGAUGUCCUUGGGUCCUCGCGGCUGGCGGCUUUAGGUGCUAGCGCUGCUCUUGUGCGUGCAGGGUCGAAUGCUCGGGUGAGUGUGCGUUUGUAAUCAGGUGAUGGUGUGGUGUGACUUGGAUUCUAUGAUGUCAGGCGCUGCUGUGGUGGAAGAAGUGAAGAGGUCCGGAGGUGGCAACUGACACGCGCUGUUGGGCUCCCACGUUAGCUUCCGAUGCUGGGCGAGUUGCCAUUGGGCGCGCGAAACAGACACGCCCGGAGUGGCACGGUGUGUACCCUUGUAAAAGGAAAUGAUG